AUGUCCACCGGUUCUCGGCCAUUAGCGUUACCCCCGAACGUCAGUCACGAUGCAUUUUCACGAUUUAUUUCAGCCUCCGAGGGGAUUGUAGGUCGAGAAAACAUCCACAUUGUUACAUCAAAGGAAGAGCUGGCGGACGGGUCCUACUACGAGCCACCGAAGACGCAUGAUCCUCAUCAUGUCGUGGAGCAAGACUACUUUGUAGCCUCAGCGGUGCUGAAUCCAAGGUCUGUCGCUGAAGUGCAGGGACUAGUCCAGCUUGCCAAUGAAUACCGAAUUCCUCUGUGGCCCACGUCCAUCGGGCGCAACUCCGGUUAUGGGGGAGCAGCUCCGCGAUUGCGCGGCAGCAUCGUGAUUGACCUGGGCAAACAUAUGAAUCGGGUUCUUGAGGUGAACGUUGACGCUGCUUAUGCGGUGGUUGAGCCGGGCGUGACAUUUGCAGGACUCCACGAAUACCUGGUCAAGAAGGGCCUAAGUGAGAAGUUGUGGAUUGACGUACCGGACAUUGGCGGUGGAUCGGUCAUGGGAAACACGUUGGAACGAGGCGUGGGAUACACCCCGUAUGGAGACCAUUGGAUGAUGCAUUGUGGCAUGGAAGUCAUCCUGCCGUCCGGAGAGCUACUCCGUACAGGCAUGGGUGCAUUGCCCCAAAAUCCCAGGACAUCGGUGCAUCCCAGUCACGAGGAGGCCGGGAAUAAGUGCUGGCAGCUCUUCCCGUACGGAUUUGGUCCGUACAAUGAUGGCCUCUUUUCGCAAAGCAACCUCGGAAUUGUUACCAAGAUCGGCAUGUGGUUGAUGCCAAAUCCUGGGGGAUUUCAAGCGUAUCAGAUAUCACUGCCCAGAGACGAGGAUCUUCACCAAGCGGUCGAUAUCAUACGGCCUCUUAGAUUGCAAAUGAUUAUCCAGAAUGUCCCGACCUUGCGUCAUAUCCUCCUGGAUGCAGCAAUGCUCGGUUCAAAGACAGACUACACUUCUGACACUGAAAAGCCGCUGAAUGAGGCUGAGCUGGACGCAAUCGCGAAGAAGCUGAAUUUGGGCCGGUGGAACUUCUACGGAGCACUCUAUGGCCCGGAGCCGAUUCGCAACGUUAUGUGGUCACAGAUUAAACAAGCGUUUUCGUCAGUCAAGGGUGUUCACUUCUUCUUCCCAGAAGAUGUCAAAGGCAACCAUCUCCUACAGACUCGUGCAAAGACCCUUCAAGGCAUUCCGACAUUUGAUGAGCUGCGCUGGGUUGACUGGCUGCCGAACGGAGCGCAUCUGUUCUUCUCCCCUAUUAGUAAAAUCUCCGGUGAUGAUGCGAUGCUACAGUACAAGGUUACGAAGAAGCGCUGCGUCGAGGCUGGUCUUGACUUUAUGGGUGCUUUUGCUGUUGGCAUGCGAGAAAUGCACCAUAUCGUUUGUAUCGCGUUCAACCGGGGAGAUCCCGAGUCCAAGAGAAAAGCACAUUGGCUGAUCAAGACCUUGAUUGCGGACUGCGCGGAGCAUGGGUGGGGCGAAUAUCGAACGCAUCUAGCACUCAUGGACCAGAUUGCGGAAACAUACAACUGGAAUCACAAUGCGCUCAUGCGAUUCAACGAGACGGUGAAGAAUGCGCUUGACCCGAAUGGAAUUCUGGCUCCGGGAAAGAAUGGCGUGUGGCCUGCUUCGUAUGACAGGCGUUUAUACAAACUAUAA